AUGCGUUUUUUCUCGUUCAUUGUACCUUCCCUUUUUGUCUUACCUGGUGCAUUUGGAGCAGCCUUGCACCAAAAGCAUCCCCGGGCUACGGAAAAUUGUGUCAAUAGUGUCUCUAACCGAACAUGCUGGAGUGAUGGCUUUGACAUUUCAACUAACUACUAUGACAACGUCCCAGACACUGGUGUUGUUCGGGAGUACUGGUUCAAUAUCGAAAACACCACUGCUGCCCCUGAUGGUGUCGAGCUACCUGCUCAGCUGAUCAACGGCUCUUUCCCAGGUCCUACUAUCAUUGCUGACUGGGGUGAUACUGUUGUGGUCCAUGUCACAAACUCUUUGCAGAACAAUGGUAGCGGUCUUCACUUCCACGGAAUUCGUCAGAACCACACGAACCAGAUGGAUGGCGUUCCUAGCCUUACCCAAUGCCCGAUUGCUCCGGGCGACUCCUACACUUACCGUUGGCGGGCCGUUGAGUACGGAACUGGUUGGUAUCACUCGCACUUCUACGUUCAAGCCUGGGACGGAGUGUUCGGUGGAAUUAUCAUCAACGGACCAGCAACUGCCAACUACGACGUCGAUCUUGGCCAUGUCUUCUUGAAUGAUUGGUACCACCAAACGGCCGACCAACUCGUUCUCGCAGCCGCAACCGGAGGUCCUCCCACAGCCCCGAACGGUUUGAUCAAUGGAACCAAUGUUUGGGGAGACUUGGGUUCGCGCUGGGAAACCACUUUCACCCCAGAAACUCGCUACCGUAUGCGCGUGCUGAAUGCUGCUGCUGAUCAGCACUUCCGUUUCAUGAUCGACGACCACGACCUUGAAGUCAUUGCCAAUGACUUUGUGCCCAUCGUUCCAUUCACCACCAAUCAGCUGAGUAUCGGCAUGGGUCAGCGAUACGAUGUUAUUGUUACGGCAAAGAAUAUCAGCAGUGGCAAUUUUUGGCUGCGAGCCAUCCCCCAAGAGGCCUGCUCCGAGACCGAUGCGACAGAUCUUGUCAAAGGUAUCAUUCGUUAUGACAACUCCUCCACUGCAGACCCCAACACCACUGCUUGGAGCUACACAGACUCCUGUGCCGAUGAGUUGGCGUCUGACCUCGUCCCUUACCUGCAGGUCAAUGCCUCUGAGACCUCUUAUUACGAUGAAAGUGAGAAAGUUGAGGUUCAGGUGACCGAUAAUGCCAUGCUGUGGUUGAUGAACGGAACGUCCUUCGAUACCCAGUGGGAAUACCCUACUCUGAUGCAAGUGGCCGAGAACAACCAGACCUGGCUCGACAAGCAGCGUGUUAUUCAUCUCCCCGAAGCCAAUAAAUGGAUGUACUUUGUAAUCCACUCCCCCUUUGCUCAGGACCAUCCCAUGCAUCUGCACGGCCACGACUUCUGGGUCCUCGGUUCAGGAUACGGUAAUUUCGAUGCUUCGAUGAAGGACAGUCUUACCCUGGUGAACGCUCCACGACGCGAUGUCGUCAUGCUGCCUGCCAGUGGAUAUGUGGUUAUUGCCAUGAAGACCGUCAACCCUGGUAUCUGGCUCAUGCAUUGCCACAUCGCUUGGCACACCUCUGAAGGAUUUGCCGUUCAGAUCCUUGAGCGUGAAUCAGAGAUCCAGAUCAAUGAUAGCAUUCUCAACUCUACCUGCAAGGCUUGGUCGGACUACGCCAUUACCGACGAUGUCGUUGAGCACGAUUCGGGUAUUUAA